UAACAACAGGUAUUCUUCUACCCUUAAAUAAUGGAAAAAGGAAGCACCAGAGCGAGGCCUCCAAUAGAUGCUCUUCCGAGGAAAUUUGCCUCUUUUAUCUAUUGCUCCACAAUCUUUCUCGCCUGAUCUUUCAUCUCACUCUCCAUUGUUGCUUCGAAGACCCAAAAAGGUCCUCUUUCUUCUUGCCUCUGAGAAAAAACCCAGAAAUAUGAAAACAGGGGAAAGCGUCCUCUGCGAAUCUUGGGAAGUGGGUUGCUGUUCUUUGAAGCAUCCUUGGUGACCCAUCAAGGGAUUGGAUUUUCUUGGCUUGUUCGGUCUGUGGAGAAAGAAAGAACCAAGAAAUGUCAGUUGAUUUCGUGGGAGCUGCUGUGGGAACGGCAUUCGGCGAGCUGUUCGUGCAAGUUAAGGGAGUAGUGAAAACCAUUGCUUUGUUUCGUGAGCAGCUCGAGAAGAUCGAAUCCACCUUGGACUCCAUAGUCCCGAUCAUGAAAAACAUCGACGAGUACAACAGACGGAUGGAUUGUAAAGACAUGGGGCAGAUCCAGGACCUAAUUAACGAUGGCAAAGACAUGGUCGAGAAGUGCUUGAAAAUCAAGGCGAUCCAGCUGUGCAAGAGGUAUAAGUACUCGAAAAAGCUGACCAAGUUCGACGAAAGACUUGCCAAGGAGUUCCAGAUUACUUUGCCGCUGCUGACUGUGAAGAACACCGUGGCGAUAUUGGAAGGCGUGGAGGUGACGGGGGUAGAAGUGAAGGAGGUGGGGAAAGACGUGAAGGAGAUGGGGGGAAACGUGAACGAGAUCCGGGGAGGCGUGGACGAGAUCGGGAGAGGCAUGAAGGAGCUGUUAAAUUUCAUGCAUUCGAACAGCGGGGCUCAACAGAGUGCGCUUGAGCUAAGUGACCUCGCGGUCCCUGAGGCACCUGACUUCAUUGUCGGGUCAGAGGUGGAGGCGUCCUUGAGGAAGCUCAAGGGGCGGUUGCUCGAGGAGGGAGUGUCCGUGAUUGUUGUGACCGCCCCGGGCGGCUGUGGGAAGACCACUCUGGUUGCAAAGUUGUGUCAUGACGCGGACAUUGAAGGCAAAUUCCACAAGAAUAUCAUGUUCAUCCGUGUCUCGAAGAAGCUCAACCUGACAGACAUUGUCCAGAAAAUGAUUCAACAUAAGAAUUUCCCGGUACCCACAAUUGAAACAGAAGAUUCUGCAGUUCAGUACUUGCAGCAACUGCUUGAAAAAAUAGGACAAAAUCCUGUGUUGCUUGUGCUGGAUGAUGUCUGGACCGAAUCGAAAUCCUUCCUCGAUAAAUUUGUUUUCAAGAAGAUCAAAGAUUACAAGAUUGUGGUGACAUCAAGAUAUGAGUUUCCUGAUGUUGAUUUUGUGCAUCACCUGAACCCACUGAAUGAGGGUGAAGCCCUGCAACUUUUUCGUCGAUCUGUUACAAUUACCGAUAGAAGCAUGUUUGUACAAGAUGAUCUCUUGGAGAAGGUAGUGAAUCGCUGUAAGGGAUUGCCAUUGGCUCUUACAGUCGUUGCCAAGUCUCUCCGAGGAAGGGAUCCUUCAUUCUGGAAAACGAAGCUUCUUGAUUGGUCUGAAAGUCGUUCCCUUUUGCGUUCAGACAGUGACGUUCUAGAUUGCCUCAGAAAGAGCUUGGAUGACUUGGAUGGUGAAAUCAAGGAACGUUUCUUGGACCUCAGCUCGUUUCCGGAGGAUCGCAAGAUUCCCACCACUGCCCUUAUUGAUAUGUGGGUGGAAUUGUACAAGCUAGAUUUCAGCGGAGUGCGUGCCAUUGCUGACCUCAAUAAACUUGUUUACAGGAACCUAGCUGAUCUCGUAGUCACCGGGAAAGAUUCAAAUGAGGACGAAGACAAAUGCUACAGUACCCACUAUGCUAUGCAACACGAUCUACUCAGAGAGCUGGCUAUCUUGGAGUGCAACGAAGGGGAAGUAGAGAAAAGAGAGAGACUUAUUUUGGACUUGACUGGAAAUAAUUUUCCUGAUUGGUGGAGUGAGCAAAAGCAACCAACUGUCGAUGCUCGUCUAGUGUCCAUCUCCACAGAUAAGACAUUCUCAAGACCAUGGCCAGAUCUUCAGUUGCCUAAAGCUGAGGCUCUGGUCUUGAACUUUGAGACCAACAUUCAAACCAAAACUUAUGCUUUGCCUGAAUUCAUUGAGAAAGCAGAUAAGCUCAAGGUCCUGAUAGUGACAAACUAUAGUUUCUCUCCAGCUGAGCUACACAAUUUCCAUGUCAUCGGGUCCAAUUUAAGGAGGAUGAGGUUUGAACGCCUCACAGUUCCUUUCCUAAGCAUGGGAAAGCGACGCCUGCGUAGUUUGCAAAAGAUAUCCUUUUUCAUGUGCAACAUCAGUCAGACUUCAACAUCAGACAAUCCCAAAAUCUCCGAUGCAAUACCAAACUUAGUGGAGCUCCACAUCGACUAUUGCAACAAUCUUAUGGCAUUACCGGAUGACAUAUGUGAGAUAAAACCUUUGAAGAGGCUUAGCAUCACAAACUGCCAUUAUUUGUCCGCACUCCCUGAACAGAUUGGGCAGUUGGUGUCCCUCGAAGUGGUUAAACUUAAUUCCUGCACAAACUUGUCACAGUUACCGGACUCGAUUGGGACCCUCCAAAACUUGAUGUCUCUCAAUAUAUCUGAUUGUCUGAGCUUGAGCACCUUGCCUAAUCAAAUUGGUCAACUGGUUAAUCUCAAAAGCAUGAACAUGAGAGGAUGUUCGAGAUUGUCUAAGCUGCCACGGUCGAUUAUGAAGCUGAGGAACUUGAGGAAGGUGAUCUGUGACAAAGAAAAUGAAGGCUUGUGGGAGCCUCUCCAGACCACUCUCAAAAGCUUGAAUAUAAUAGCGUCUGAAGAAGAAGAGGCUAACUUAGAUUGGCUAAACGAUUAAGAAGAGGGCGAUCAACCUAUGAUCUCUGAACUUUUUUUUCCAUGUUAAAUAUUGUUUUUUAACUAUAUUUACUCUCUUUUUUGUGGCUGUUUGUUGAAUUUAUUUUCUGGACUGUGCACUUUUUUUUUUUUUAUAAUGUGAACGGCAGAGGCAUUGCUACUGGACCAAA